CUCAUGUGAUGAUUCGAGAAGGGAAAGAGUAACCCACACGACUACCUCGAGUCCUACCGACUUGGAAGACAGAUGACGAGUGGUAGGCACGAUGAACUACAUGUCUUCCAUUGUCAUCUCCUUUGCGUUGCCACUACUUCUCUUGUUCGCCCGAGAUGGGUCCUUUUUCAGCUUCAGGAAUUACAUGGUCCAGUCCCAGGCUCCCAAGGUCUCGCAUUAUAUCGACACGCUGUACAAACCGCCAUGUCUGCACUCUGCUGUUGUCGACGUCGUGGACGUGGCGUUGACCAAGAUUCUGGCCGAUUGCACGCACAGGAACCUGUGCCCCUACCCGUCCUACCCCCCCUUCAUCUCUCCGACUUAUACCACAGGUGCCUCGCCGCCGACAUCUGUGUCCAUGUCCUGCCAUGAACCUUCAGAGGACGAACCGGAUCGCAGAGCUGAACUAAGACGCAUCAUGCACAAGAGGAUUCAACAAGAACUCAGCGGCGAGCACGCACCUCCAGGACUGAGCGGUAAACGGCCUCCAGCAAACGCGAUACCGGCAGAGUUUCCGGGCCACGGCCCUCGCGACACUCUCGAGUUCUCCAUAGCCGAAGCAUCGUCGGCUGUUGGGCUGGUUCACUCUGAUCCUGGCGAGGUUCAGCGUGGCGGCAGCCGCAGUGACAGUAAGGCACCGGUGCGGCGACGAGGCAGCUAUCCGCAGGUAUCACCCAAGAGCAGCGUAAAACACUGGGUGAGAAGAUUGGUUUUUCGCCUACGAGCUGCUUCAUCGGCGGUCCCUCCAUCGCACGACAUGCCUCCUGUAAACCAACUUACUCCUCCCGGGGCUGCGUCCCCUCAAGGAUGGCAUCUCUCUGCCGAUGGAAGCCAGGUCAACCGAGUUGCCGCUGUCGAUGUUCCUCUCGAAACCGCCCACUCCGAUAAGGCGCAAGAUGAUAUAUCGCUCCUAAGAAGUUGGUUAACCACCCAAGAACUCGCGUAUCCUGACAGACGCCCUGGUGAUACCGUCUCACAUCAGACCGCGCCCUUCGCUAAGCGAAAUGACCAGCCUGCCCUGGAGUCUGAAGCCCUCAGGCUUCCCAUAAUUCCAUCACCGUCCUGUCUUUCGACACCAAGACAGUUAACUGAGGUCCGGCAAUCCGAGUCGGGUCCUGAGACCGCGCAUACCGUUGCAUCGCGCCUCGAAAUGCCCUCUGAUUUGCCAAGUCUCCCGGUGAGCGGAGAUGAGGCGGAUAGAACACUGGCGACUGGAACCGGCAGGCGGGCCAUUCAGCUUGAGCGGGAAUCCCGGGAGUCCCAGGCGAAGACGAUGUCUGAGAAGAGAGGGAAUAGCCCAGCGAGCAGUAUUUCUGCUCAUCUCAAGGUCGGGAAAUGGAGAAGAGGGCGAACGAGCGACUCCCACGCGUCAAAUACCACCCCGGAAAGUCCAAGCUUGGCUGACCGCCGCAGUCAAACUGUCGACUCUCGCUCCAAGUCUUCGGUCCCUCAUACAUCGAACUGGCGGACAGGUAAACUGACCGCACGUACGAGACAGCAAAACCCCAAGUUCCCGGCGGAUGGUUAUGAUUCGUACCACGGACGGAGGACGAUCAAGACAUACACGUUACCUCCGGAGUCAUGGUCCAAAUGGCCGUCCUACAACAGAGCGGAGCGGACAGCCUCAGCAGGACUCAAGGACAGAGUGAAACCCAGAGACUUCGCAGUGACUGGGUCAUCCGGAGACGGCCGCCUCUUCUGGGUCACGGACAGAAACUUGGCUGAAAGCGAACCGAUCAGAUAUUCCUUCUCCAGCCGACUCAUCCAAGGCGUGAAGACUGGCUUUGGAAAUCUGCUAGGGUCAAAGACGCCAUCUGCGAGUCAAGUGAAGAUCCCGGCAAAGAUCAAACGAAGGCAUCGCAGUAGUGGCCAGCUGGAAUAUCCAGAGCUCGAGAUCCUCCCAACAGAAGGCGGGUAUAAAGAACUCAGGGCUCUCGGGCGAGCCAUCGAGUCGAUGAAGAACGGCCCGCCCCUCGAGAGAGUUGAUCCGUUAGACAUCGCGAGAGACGCCGAAGCCAGGACAUGUUGGACGCAACCUCGCGAAAUACUGCCUGUGCCGCCGAGGCCUGGCAUGACGGAGGAGAAUCGACGAAACGAAGCUAUCAACAUGCUUCGUCCCACCACCGACAAAAGAAAGGACGGACCAGCCACUCUAGCCUAUUCGGUGACCCGUCACUACAGGGAGUCCAUGAUGUCGCGCGAUACGCCUGUAUCGACUGAACAUUUUGAGACACCGCCCAGCCGCGUAUCACCGACCCCGUCUCCCCGUUCCCGGUCGGCUGUCUCUUGA